AAAGCGAUGUAAACAAUGACACUAACAACUUACACCAGUAAAAAAACUUUGAGAAAGUGCUUUGUAAUGCUUAUCUUUUACACAUUUACGCACUUUUAAUUCGGGAAUGCUUAAAUGUGUUGGUUUUAGAAUUGUUAUUGGAACUCGAAGUAAAUGUUUUAAGUCUCAUUAGAAUUUAUGUUACGAACCUUACUGCAGACAUUUGUGAGUACUUUUUUAGAUUUUAGAUUUGGAAGAUGUUUUAGCAACAUGAAAUUUAUCUACUGAAACAUUUUUGUCGAAGUUGAAAUUUAAAUAAAGCAGUUCUUCAAAGAAUAUUCUAGCACAAUUCUAAGAAAAAACGUAGAAAAUAUUUUUCCACGACUACCGCGAUGACAGAGCUUCUUGCCGAUCUCCCGCCUGGGCCGCUGGACCGGUACAGGAAGCAAGCAAGUUUUGAUUGGAAGAAGCUGAAAGUUUUUCUCGAAGGUGAAGACAUCGUGAGAUACAAGAUGAGGGUGUGGAACACGCUGGAGAAAGACCCGUUGUUCCAGCACAGCCCCACGUCCCUCCCAUUGGACGAGCAGCGGCACCGCGCGGUGCAGCAGAUGUACCGCACGCUCGAGCACAUGUUCAUAUCCCCGGACGUCGGGAUGUCGGAGAUGAUGCAGGGUUCCCUGUUGGUGUAUUGCCUUGCAUACUACGACCCAAGUGUAUCGAUCAAACUUGCCCUCUCGUUUGGCUUGUUUAGGCAUGCUAUUUCAAAUUUGGGAACAGCAAGGCAUGAACAGUUCGUCAAAGAAAAUUCAGAGGCAAUGAUUAGUGGCGGUUUUGCGUUGACAGAGUUCUCCCACGGCAGUAAUGCGAAGAGCAUACGGACUACAGCAACUUACGACCCCGCAACGCAAGAAUUUGUACUUCACUCCCCUGAUUUCGAAGCAGCCAAGUGCUGGGUGGGAUGCUUAGGCAAGACGUGCACCCACGCCGUGGUGUUCGCCAAGCUGGUGACUCCCGACGGCACGGACCAAGGCCUCCACGCGUUCGUGGUCCCGGUGAGGAGCACCAAGACGCUCUGCCCGCACCCGGGCAUCGUCGUCGGCGACCUUGGGGAGAAGGUCGGCCUCAACGGGCUCGACAACGGCUUCGUCGUCUUCAGCGACUACAGGAUCCCCCGGGAGAACCUGCUCAACAAGAUGGCGGACGUCACGCCGGAAGGGGAGUACGUCACGCCGGUUUCCGAUCCUCGGAAAAGGUUUGGCGCGAUGCUCGGGAACCUGUCCUCGGGCCGUGUCUCCAUCAUCGGCUCCAGCACGCAGUACCUGACCAAGGCUGUGACCAUCGCAGUGCGGUACUCAGCCGUGCGCAGGCAGUUUGGCCCGUCCGACGACGAGGAGCUGCCCGUCAUCGAGUACCAGCUGCAGCAAUGGCGUUUAUUUCCCUACCUUGCCGCUGUGUAUGCAUUGACUUAUUUCUCCAACUUCUUUGCCAACGUCAUGCAAGACUUUGUUGAAAUAUCUCAGAAAGGAGAGGACUUGGAUAAUUUGAUGGAGCUCGGGGCGGAGAUUCACGGACUGUCGUCUGGGGCCAAGCCAGUUUGCUCUUGGCUGUCGAGGGACGCGAUACAAGAGUGCAGGGAAGCUUGCGGAGGCCACGGAUACCUGAAAGCGGCGGGCCUGGGGGACCUGCGCAACAACAACGACGCGUGCUGCACCUACGAGGGGGAGAACAGUGUGCUGGUGCAGCAGAACAGCAACUGGCUGCUGCAGCUGUGGGCCCGCCGGGGCGACCGCUCCGACAAGCCCUUCGCCAGCCCCCUGGGGUCCGUCGGCUUCCUGGCCCACGCCGACCGGCUCCUGGCCGCCCGGUUCUCCGCGUCCACCGCUGACGAGGCCGUCAGACCGGAGGCGCUGCUAGCUGCUUACGAGUGGCUCGUUUGCUACUUGCUGCGAGGGUCAGCUGACAGACUGAAAAGUUUGCGCAAGCAAGGAAUGUCUUCUUUUGAGGCAAGGAAUGAGACCCAAGCGUAUUAUGCAAGGACGCUCUCCAUUGCUUUUGUAGAGCAUUUUAUUCUGCUGAAAUUUUGGAACUUUAUUUCGGAGAAGACUAUGGAUCCUGCCUUCAGACCAGUUUUGUUGAAUCUUUGUUCGUUGUACGGUGCGUGGAGUUUGCAGAGGCAUCUGGCAAUACUUUAUGAAGGCCAGUACGUGUCGGGCAGCGGUCCAGCCGGGAUGCUGCGGGACGGCAUCCUGCAACUGUGCGCCCGGCUGAAGCCCGAGGCCGUCGCGCUGGCGGACGCCGUCGCCCCCCCGGACUUCUUCCUCAACUCCGUGCUGGGCCGUUCGGACGGCCAGGUGUACCGCAACAUCCAGGCGGCCGUGUACCAGACCCCGCAGGCGUUCGAGCGGCCCGCGUGGUGGCGGGACGUCGCCGCCUGGCAGACCCGGUCCAAGCUGUGAUGCCCUGGCCUCUUGUCUGGUGCACGGCCGGCCCCGUACCCGUGAUGCCAUUUCCUCGUGAACUUAGCCUUCGAGGUCAGUUCUCCUCUCUCGUCUCUCGUCUCUCGGCUGUGAGCAUUCGGUGACAUUGUGACGUUUCUGGCAUUAUGGCAUUUUAUGAGUUUCAAAUUCGUAAAAACAAAUAUAUUUUAUGAAAGGGUUAACUGUGGUGGGUGUAACACACACUUCUCGAACCCCUUAUCUCAACAUUUUAGGGGUAUUCUUAUUUUGAAUAUGUAUUUUCAAAAGUUUCUUCAUCAUGCAAAAUUGUAUUAUCAGGGUGUCCACAAAUUCUGAAAGGCAGAAAGAAAAAAAUUAGGGAAAGUUGGAAUUAGUCGGAGCAAGUCGGAGGAUUCACAUGAAAUCCUGGAAAAGUUAUGGAAUUUCCCCAAUGAUAGUAAUUUGAGGGGAAAGUAUCAUGAUCCAAACACAAGACAAAUGUUUUUUAGAGUUUAAAAAUAUGUUAAAUGUAGAGCUGUACGGAUUCACAACAUUUGCAGAUAUGAAUAUACAGCUGUUGUUGAUUCACUAAUUCCGAACCAAUAAAGGAGAAAACACUUUUUGUUAAAAAAAUUUAUAAUUUUACUGGUUUACCCAAAAUAAAUCAUUCCAAGAAAAACAUGCAAUUCAAAUGCACAUGUAUUUUAUAUUAAAAAUGGAACAUAACCUCUCUUUUUUUAACUCUUAUUUUUAGUUUGUUUUCAUUUGUUGUUGACGACCCGUUAGUUGCUAAUUAAAACAUGAAUUUAAUAAUAGAGGCUGGAAAAUGAAGUUAUUUAAUACAUCAUUCAUUGUAUAAAACAUAUUAAUUAAUAAUAGGUAGCUAUGAAAUAUAUCUAUUCACAAAAUACAAAGUUUAAAAAAAUGAAUUGAAAAUUUUAACGAUACUUUGUACAUGUUAACAAUUCAAGAACGGGAAUUCCAAUACCAUUUUAGUGCAUGAGGCGGUGAAAAUUUACGGUUCCAAACAUUUAUACGGAAAUGUAUUUCAUUUGGUCGCUAUGCACAGAAACAAUAAGAGUAAUUUACGUUAUGUGAAGAAAUAUAUUAUUUUUUUUAUUUUUUUUAUUUAAUUUUAAAAACUAUGUAAGUUAAUUAAAAAUGUCUCCGUCACAAUAUUACGAACGUUUCUUUGCAGUUCAAGCAGUUGGUUUUUCCGUUGUUCGUUGUGGUAGCCGUGCUCUAAAUAAAGCAAGUUUUUGUUCUUAUCUAACUUUAAAAUGUUAGUGAUAUAUUUAUAUAUGCUGCAUUAUAUUCAAGAACGUCAUUUAAACAUAGGAUUUUUAAUAUGUACGGCUGGCACACGUAGCUAAGAAAUGAUUUUAAAAGUAACUAGGUAGUGACUUGAUGUAAGUUUUUGGACAUACGCCAUUGCUAAGAUCUUAGCAAUGGCGUAUGUCCAAAAACUUACAUCAAGUCAUGCACUCCCAUUGCCCAAAUCUUUCAAAGAUAAUAUGUAGGUAGUAGUACAAAAAGUGAAAAGAGAAGUGGUGGAUUUUUAGGUUAUGACAGGCGCUUUCAUUUUUCAAUAAUUUCGGCCAAAAAUUAACAAGCGUAUCAUGAAUCGGUAAAAAUGCCAUUUAAACUAAGUAUGUACAUAUCGGUAAAAUUGGCUUCUGGCGAUUCAUAUUAGUACAGCUCUAAGUUAAAAGGUUUGUCACUAAGAGUGAGUUCUUUCAAUUUGUAGUUUGAAAGACUAAAGAAAACAUAAUUAAUUACGUUAUUUAUCCUGUUUAUUAUUUUGUACAAAAUUAAUACAUUUUUCCCUGUGUUUUUUUUUUGCUGUCUUACUGUUCACUUAUAUAGUUUUUUUUGCUAUUAGUUUUGAUUAAUAAAAUUUUUAAGUAUAAUAUAAAAUAAAGUAGAGAGAGAAGUAGACCAGCCAUGAGGAUGGAUUUUCUUUAUUUCUGUGAGAAAAUCUCAAAAUAAUUAAAUAAUUAUUUUAAAAAAAAUUGAAAAUUUUGAAAUUUUUGUCAGGUAAGUUUCACUGCAGUUUUGGGUGGAUACCUUGAUCAACACAUAUUUAUUGAUGUGAUAUAGAAGUGAUAAACCAGGCAACAAUGUUAAUUUUUUUAAAUUUAUAGUUUUGACAGUUGGUUAUCUAGUUUUAUUUUUAUAAAUUAAUCCUAGAUUAUUAUUAUUAUAGUAAUUUUAGAAACAUGGUUUCUGUUUGGAAUUACUCAUGUACAUGUUCUAAAUCUGAUAAAAAUUAUGUACCUGAUAUGUGUAAAUUGUGGUAAUUCUAUGUUUAUGGUUAAUUGUUUUUUUCUUUUUUUUUUUAAUUGCGGUGAUUUUAUUUUCUAUGUUAUUUCUUCAGUUUUUCUACUUUCAGUAAUUUCGUUUUGAAAAGUAUGUGACUAUACAAGUGAGAGACAUCAUACAAUUGUUCCAAGAUGACAGAAAUUACAAGAUUGUUGUGAACUUAAUGGUCCCUUGGAAACUUAACAUUUGCAGGAAUAAGUGGUGGUGUGUAAUUUUUGUGGACAGGGUUGUAGGUAACUGUUGAUGUACUUUUAUGUGUUACAUGUCAAGUAUCAUUAUAAAUACUCAUGUAAAAUCACUGAAUCAGAAACUCUUAGGAUUUUUAAAAUUAUUGUUAAACUUUCUACUGGAUCUAAUGUUAAGAAGGGUAUGUUGUUACAGUGUUUUGUAUGUAAUUAGGUAAUGGAGAUAUAAGCAAGUAUAUUUUUUAAUCAGAUAA